GGAGGAGCAAAACAUAUACCUAAUGCAAGAUCAGUGUUGAAGAAGUUCUUCUUGAAGGUUCAUCCAGACUUGUUCUAUCAAUAUCCUAAUAUGAAGAAGGUUAAUGAUCAGUCGUUGAGAGCACUACAGAGUUUCUUGGAGGAGGUCAAGAGUGGCAAGGUCACAACAAAGUCAUAUACAUUGGAGUUCUUCUAUCUUGACUCCAAGAGCGCCACGUCCACUGAUGAAUCAACCGUUCCUCACAUCUCUGUAUCAUUCGAUAUUGACAACUCUACACCUCGUCGACUAAACCAAAUGAUCCGUAAAGCUGAGAAGCAGUUACAAUACAUGCUAAAGUCGAUUGGUAUCAAGGAAGAGUUCCACAUCAACUCAUUGUUGGGCAAGUCAACAACAAGUGAGAACUAUGAGUCGUCGGAGAGUCUACUUGGAUUCCUCAAGAAUAAUGCAGAGCAUGCUAGAGACAUGGCCAAAUAUGUUGUUGAUGAGGAACGAUCAAUUGACAUCAUGUACACAUUCUUCUUCAUGGAGCAUAAGAUACGAGUGCUGUUUGAUCAUGAGAUUGAACUGACGACUGAACAGAAGAAGACGAUACUUAGACAUCUGGAACAGACAUUGCAUACUCUGUCUCCAAGAAUAUCUGAUGAGCAGCUGGUGGACAAGGUAUUCUAUAGCAAGGACAGGGAGCGCGAGGAUAGGGCACGCAAGUCCAAACUAGAGACAUUCCACUUCACAGACGAACAAAUCGAUGACAUGACCAGCGAUGAUAAUACAGACUAUAAUAACAUCACAUCUGGAUUCACUGGAUUUGGACAACGAAUCAAAGCGGCAACACCAGAUGUUCGAAACCAGAUGUUUGAACCAUACUCUGUGUUCAAGGAUAAGGACAGCUGGCGUGGAUGGGACAAAAUCAAGGCUGGCUUUGUCACACCAGAGACCACCGAGAAGACAGACGAUUCACACAUCAGUCUGCGGCUUGAAGGCAUGACCCUAUUCUUCACCAACAAGAGUGGCAUCGACCUGGAGGGAAGGUUGCAGUUACAUCAGACAUGUCAUGAUAGUGAUCAAGCCGACAAAUGGAUUGAAGACAUCAAUAAUAUUAAGCCAUCAUUGGUAAUCGAUAAUAUCAAGUCAUGUAGGAAUAGGAAGAAGUUGAACUCACCAAUGUAUUUGGACUAUCUCAAUAAUAUGUUAUGUGCGACUGUCGAGCCCGUUAUGGACAAGUAUGGAAACCAAGUUGGAGACACCAAACCAAAGUUGAACGAUAUUAAUAUAAGAGUACUGUCGCCAAACUCUACAUUGAUCGAACCAUUCUCAUUGGAUGAACAGAAUGGAGUGAUCAAUGUGCCAAUGAAUGGACAGUUUGGCGAAGUGACCAAGUUCAUUGCACAGUGUGGCGAUCAUGUCAUCAGAGAGUUUGUCAAGCAUCAGAACCAAGUGCGCAAUCUCAAUCAGUUGGAGCUGACUGUGAAGCGACAGUUCCGUCUACUCAAACUCAAGCGUCAUCCAGACAUCACGGACUUGGACCUCGUGUCAUGCCUGCGACGUAUGCUCAACAAUCACCAACCCUUCCUCCCGCUCCUCUACAACAUCAAACUUGUCAUUGGCAAGGAGUACGCAAUGGGCAGCGAUGGAUCAAUAACAAUCAAAUGGGACUUUGAACUGUGA